CGUGCAAGUAAAAUCGGUUCAUUAGAAAUUCGCAAAAUACGGAAUAACGCCAGCAAAAGAAACGCAUUAGUCCUGCCGAGAUGUCCGUCGGAAAUAACACAUUAGGUGCUGUUAUUCAUCAGUUUAACCACUUUAGUUUUGGCACCAUCGAUUAUGUCGUUUUCGUGUUGAUGUUAAGUGCUUCGUUAAUUAUUGGUAUCUAUUUCGGCUUUUUCGGACAUGGUGCGGAUAAUACCGACGAAUAUUUGCUCGGCGGUAGACGAAUGAAAAUAAUUCCUAUUGCGUUUUCACUUGUAGCAAGUUCUGGCAAUCUAUUGACGUUCGCUUAUAUCCUGACUCUAUUUUUAAUGAUGCCGGUUUUCACAUUUAUACCCUCUCUCGCAUUCGCUCAAGAGUGGAAUCAAAGCUGUUGUAUGAAUGUGGUUCAGGGUGCAAUAAUGAUUGGAUCAGUGGCGCUCUUCUGUUUACUGGGAGCACAGAAAGUUCCUACGCCCAAAAUUGUAUUAUUUGCGUUACAUAAAAUGUCAUAA